AUGGCCCACAACAGAGCAAUUGAAGCUUUGUAUAGGACUCUUCAGGACAUCAGAAGUAACAGAAAACUUAUGAGUGGAGUCACGCUUUUAAUGGCUGGAGACUUCAGACAGACUUUGCCUGUUGUACUAAGAGGAAAUGUUUCAAGUUUACUUUUAGAGAUAGAUUUAAAAAAUGUCGAAUUAAAAGACUUGUCUUGGUUUAAAGAAAGAGCUAUCCUUACACCUAAAAAUGACACUGCUGAAAGUAUUAAUAACCUAUUAUUGGAAAAACUGCCAUCUGAGAUUGUCCAUUACCAGUCGGUGGACUCUGUGGUGGAGAUAGAAGAUGCGGUACACUACCCAGUAGAGUUCUUGCACACGCUUAAUACUCCAGGCAUUCCACCACAUCAUCUUUACCUCAAAGUUGGAGUUCCAAUAAUGUUGCUCAGGAACCUGGUUCCACCUAAGCUCUGCAAGGGAACUAGGCUACAAAUCAAAGCGUUGCGCAGACACGUUAUACAAGCCGUAAUAUACACUGGAUGUGGCCAGGGGGAAGAGGUUUUUAUCCCAAGCAUUCCCUUAAUUCCAUCGGAUUACCAUUUUCAGUUUAAAAGACUACAGUUCCCUGUCAAACUCUGCUUUGAUAUAACGAUAAAUAAAUCGCAAGGGCAGUCCUUAAAAAUAGCCGGUGUUGAUCUAAGGGAAGACUGCUUCUCUCAUGGCUAG